AUUCCGUCUUAAUAAAUAUUUUGAUUUUUCGCUCGGAUGGUUCCCCUUCUUGUGUUUAUUGAAUUCAUUCCUAAUGAUGGAAAUUAUAUAAAAUAGUUAAAAUGAAUAAAAAAACUUUUAAACGGCGAAAUAUUCCUUAAUACAUUUUUUAAAAUUAGACUGGUUGAGACUGAAAACCUACUGAGAAGACUAUGGGCCAAUCUUUUACAAGUCAACUGGAAGAAAUAAAAGAUGAUGUUGUUAAAGAAGCUCAUACCAUUAAAAAUUUACUUGAUAUCUCUCAUGAAGAAUUGUUAGAGAAAUUAAAUCAAGUCAAUGAAAUAUUAGCGCAUGCUGCAGAUGACGGCAACUCAAGGCUAGAAUUUAAGAUUAAAGAGGAAAGUGAUACUACAUUCUUUUGGAAACACACUAUAAAAAUAGUUUGUGUUCGGCACUUAACUUCUCCUCCUCGAUCAUUAGUUUACAAAUUAUUGAACCUGAGGCAGUUCCUAACAGGCUACAAAAUGAUACUGUAUCAUAUGAACUACAAGCAAGAAAUUGAGAACUGUGCUAGUGCCAAAUCAGAAAACCCCAGUGGUUUAUUGAAACAAUUUUCAGCAUCUAUGAUUUUGGAUGAGAUUACAUCCGGAGAAAAUCCUGAAACAGAAGAUUGUAUAAUAUGCAUGGAAAGAAAACCGGAAGUAACUCUUCCUUGCACUCAUGCCUACUGUUUGUUUUGCAUUGAACAAUGGAAUGUAUCUAAUAAAACAUGCCCAGUUUGUCGGGAAACUGUGGAAAAUACAGAUGAAUCAUGGGUAACCCCAGAUAUUCCAAACUCAUCUGAAAUUAAUGCUGAAGUACAAAAAGCUCUGACUGAGUUGACAUUAAACUUGCCUGAAGAUGACGAUUGAUCUGGGUAGCAACACCUGAAAAAAUUGUCUCACAUGCUUAAAAUCUUUGUCAAUUUAAUUAAUCUCCUAUUUGUGUCUCUCAAGUCAUAUAUCAAUGUUAUUUUUCACGAGCUUUGUGUUGUGUGUAUUGCCUAUAGUAUUGAAAAUUGUUUACUAUAUUGAGUUUAUUAAUUUACAUAUUUUUUAUUAGUUUAUUCUUCUCACUUUUGUUCCUGAAAAGAACGUAAUUUAGUAGUUCUAUUGUAACAGACUAAGAGCUCAAGAUAAUAAAAAAAUUAUAUUACUGUAUUGUUUUGUUAAAAAACAAAGAGAAGCAUUAAUUCAAGCAUAGUUACAUUUGGAAUGUGACCUUAGAAACGAUGCAAAUGUACUUUUAAUUAAUAAAAUUAAUUUCUUGUGUAAUUGUAAUUCAAAAGAUGCUGUUGUAAUUAACAAACAGAAAUUAACUUGUUUUUAGAUACUUUUAUAUUUCACUGCAUUUUUCAGAAAUAUUUUUGCAAACUUUAACUGUGGCUGCAGUUUAAGUAAAAGAAAAGAUAAUUGUGUACUAACAUCUGUAAAAACAAGUACAUUUUUAUGACAUGUUUCAGUUAAUUUUACUACUGAUGCUAUAAUGGUUACUUGACCAUUAAAAUCUGUAGUUUGAAAUAAAUUUUCACUGGAAGAUAUGAGGAAAACUCUACAUCUGAUAGGUAUUUUUAUAAAAAUCAAAAUAGAAAAAAAAUUAACAUUGGUGUGAAAUGGUCCAACUGAUUUUUAAAUUAUCUCAUUAUCUGUAAGUGUUUUUUUAAUUAUUUCCAAUUUAAGCUUAGAAAUUUUAUUAGUAGUUCCCUAUUUUUUAUUAUUAAUAUUUCACUGUCAACUAUUAAAUUUUGGAUAAUAUUUACAUGCUUUGUGUACAUAUUUUGCAAGAAAUAAUCAUUAUAAAUAAAGUGUUUGAAUUUAAAAAAAUGAAAUAAGGAGAAAAUGGUGAGAGAGAGAGAAAAAAAAACAUCACGGGGAAAAGGUUUUGGAAUGAAAUUUUUCAUAGUUAUUUUUAACUACAUACAUAUAGAAAUUUUAUCAAAUUACAGAGUAAAUUAAAUAACUUGCAUGAUAGACCAUGUCUAUCGCCAGACUUUCAUAAAAGGAAAAACUUUCUGUAAGCACAAAAUCUCAAUUAUAAACAAAACCUUUUGGCAAGCAAUUAAUUGACUCUUGUAUUGAUUAGUUUCAACCCUUUUGCCACCUAAUUUUGACAAAAUUUGUUCGAAAAUCACUGUUUUUUUUAUAUGUGUUUUAAUUUUUCUAAAAAUCUUUACUGAUUUUUUUAUAUAUCAGCAUAUAUUUCUUUCAAUUUAAAAAUUUUUUGGAAGUAUAAAACCAGUUAUUAACUUAACGAAGUUUCUGUCAUUCUAUCUAAUUUUUUUUGUUUUAUUUUAUUUUAUAACUGUCGUUGAACAGCCGACCCAAUUUUGGGUUUACGACUACUAAUGUUCAACUCCCUAGCCUUGUAAUUGAACCAAUCCAGAAAAGAAGGAAACUCCUGGAUCAGUACCCUCAGAGGUAUUGAUUUGUUAUGGGAACAUGGAGGACAUUGAGACUCGACAGAUUUAAUGUGCAUCAGUCACCAUUUACUACAUGGGGAGUCUUCGGCCAGCAAGGAUCAAACCCACAACCUCAUAGACAUAGGCCCAGUGUCCUACCAACCAGGAUAUCCCAGCCCUAAAAUUGUUUGUUGGGUAGAAUAUAGUAAUUUUGGCUGCUUUUAGUUAUUUUCAUAAAUUUUCCACCAUAGUGACAAAUUUUCUUCAAAUGUCGAAGGUGCAUUCAUGUAUAUUAUGCAUAUAUUUCAAUACAACAACCAACUCCUUUAAAAACCUCUUCGGCACUAAUUUCUUGCCCUUCAAUCUGAUGGUUAAGAGAGAGACCAUGCAACCUUUAACAAGGGUCUAAUUAACAGCUCCCUAACACUGAAUUUUCACCCUUCAGUAAGUUAAAACAACACAUUGCAAUCCGUACUUGGUAUAGCCCUUAAAAGAAAAUGCCAUUGCAUUUAAAAUUGUUUUCAGUAUCUUUUACAUAUACAAUAAUUGUAAUUAAUUAUUUCUAAAUUUUAUGAAUGAUUUGUUAAUAUUUUAGAGUAAGUUGUGAUAAUCCUGAGUCUGCAGUUUUUGGAAUGUUUAGCUCCUUUAAGGACUGAUUUUAUAUAUAAUUGAGUGUAGUCCUUUGCAAUUUACAGCUAAUAAAUCAAUAAGUGUUUUUUAAUUGAAAUAAUUUCUAACUGUAAUUUAUGUUGACCUUUGUACUUUAUGCCCUCCGAGUUAAUAUAUUAUCAGUUGAUUGUGUAAAGUUUUCAGUUGAUAUUGAUUCAAAUGAUAUUGAGUUAAUUUCCAGUACACAUAGUUAUUGAGAUAAACUAAAUAUCAAAUAAAAUGACAAUUUCUAAAAAUUGUGGAUAUUUCAUUUUAUUAUUAUUUAUUUUUUUUGUUAUUGAAGUUCAGGCAUUUUAUUGCUUUCUCUUUAUUUACAAAUUUUAUCAUUGAAGGUUAUUAAAAAGAAACUUAAUCCUUGGCUAUUCUUUUAACAAAUUUAAAAGUAGAUAGUAAACAAAUGUAUCAAUCAAAAUUACUUGCAAAUUAGAGUAUUAAUAAGUAUAUCCCCAUUGUGUAAUUUUUAUUUAAAAUGAGAAAUUUGGCUUAAAAAUGUACAAUAUUGAAAGGAAUUGAAUAAUCGCAAGUUAUAGUCUUUUUGGAGGGGUAUGCAAUUUUUUUUAGUGAUAUUUUUAUUAAAGAAUAUAUAAUAUGUUGCUGUACAUUCAGUUGUUGUAUAAAUUACUUUUAUACUUCAUCAAAAGUAUUUCAAUAUUGAACAUUUUUAUUUAUCAACUAUUUUUACUUUUUGACUAGUUUGUUAAAACUACAUAUACUGCAUAACUUCCUUUAGUGAAUCACUUAUUUCUAGCAAGAGAAAUGGUUUACCAUUUAUAACCUUAUUUGUAUUGGCAAAGAUUUAGUUUUUUUGUUUCAUUUAUUUUUAUAUGCAUAUCUUUUAUAAGUUGUUUUUUUUAUUAAAAUUACUUAUCUGUGAUGAAGUAAAACGCUGUCUUUGGAAUUGUAUAUAGAAAUUUUAGAGCUGGAUAAAUAAACUUGUACAGUUAAAAAAAAAUUUAAAGUUAUUUAAUGACAGCUUUUGUUUAAGAAAAAAAUUUUAAAGAACAUCUAGCAUAUUUACAUUCAUAUAAAGUCUUGAAUUUAUAAACCUUUUCAGGGACAUAUUCUGAAUGUUCUAAUAAUUCUAUGUUGGUCUGUUAUGUAAAAAAAAAAAUAAAAUGUAAGUACCAAUUCUUUUUCAAGCUGUUCAAGUUAAAAUUUGUGUUUCUGAGUUCAAGUUUUAAUAACUCAUUUAAUUUAAACUAAACAUUUAAAAUUUAAGUGUUAAGUGAGAAUUAAAGCGUUUUUAAUUAUGAUAGAGUUUAUUUUAUUUGUAUUAUAAGUUUAUUUCUGUAUAUAUUGUAUUAUGAUUGUUAAUGUUAUCAAAAUAAACAAAAAAAUUGUAUUUACUAGUCUUGAGAGUUUGUUUUUAGUUCCUGUUGUUGUCUUAUUCAUGAAAAAAAAAUUUGUUUUAGUUUAAAUUAAUAUAUUUUUAUUAAACAGUAAAAUGUGUGCUGUCAUA